AUGCGAGUCCUACUAUUACUGACGACUGCGUCGGCGUUGCGGCCUCUCGCCCUCGACAUCCCGCGCGGCGGCAUCAAAAAGCACGCCGAGAAGGCGAGCAGGCUGGCGACGGUCGGCGCGGCGUUCUUCGCCGCGACGGAGCUCUCGGAGGGCCUUCUCGCGAUCGGCCACCACCACGGCCUCGCGCUCAUCGCGGUCAGCAAGCUCGCACGCGGGUUGCAGCAGGCCGAGUCCGUCGCGGUGGAGUCGAGUAAGCGCCUCGGGAGACUGCUCCGAGCCCCCAUCACGCUUCCGCUCGUGUGUCUCACGGCGAUCGUGACCUCCGCCUGGGAGGUCUGGAAGGACGCGCGGCUCGACGCGAAGGUCGGCGGCCAUCACGGCAUGGUCAUCCUGGCCCUCUACGAGCUCCAGGAGGUCAUCGAGGACGCCGCGGGCGAGGAAUCGAGGGGCCGCUUCGGAAAAAUCAUCCAUUUCCGUCCCCUUAAGCUCGCGCUGGCCCUCGGCGCGCUCGGCGCGGCCGGCUUGGAGCUUUCCGAGGACCUGAGGCCCGGGGCCCACCACGGCGUCGCGCUGCUCGCGGGCGUCCUCGUCGUCAAGACGUGCGUGUCCAUCUGGGAGGCGCGAGAGUAA